CCUCCCGAGAACUCACCGAUCGCCGGAGAAACUCUCGUACCUACAAGCUAUUCUCUCUCUCUCUCUCUCUUGAAUCUUUCCGACUUUCUCAUAGUAAGUAUCAACCAGAGAUUCCAUAUCCGGGAGUUCAUCGAAUUCUUCAUACAACCAGUACUCGAUCGCUUUCCUCCAUUACGGUUACUUGGAUUAAUGAUCGAAUUUUGGAAUGGUCUUUUGGCUUGAUUUUUAUUUUCUGUUUGAAUCUCAUGCGUUUUUACAAAAUUCUCUUGUUUUUCCAAAACUCUCUUGUUUUAUGUUAUCGAUCUGUAAUCGGAGAUCAAUUUGUGUCGUUUAAAAUGUCAUCUGAUCUGCAUGGAGCAUGCACGGGAAAGCUUUGUUUUCUCUCAUUAAUUCUCCGACUGUUUCCCCGGAAACUGUACCAGAGAGCGUAUAGAGUUAAAAAAACUAUUUGUUUUGUUUUCUAUUGUACAUGUUGGGUCUCAUGUUCUUUCUCUGUUUUUGGUGGGGAGUACUGGGGAAAGACAGAAUGGGAGUAGGGGACGGCGGCAAUGAAGGAAUCAGGAAGAGGGGGUGUUCCUGCUCAAAAGACGAUUUUCUCCCCGAGGACUCGUUUCGGAGCUGGGGAAAUUAUGGGAGGGCGCUCAUGGAGACUCCGCUGAGGCUAAAGGAUCGGAUCCUGACCCGGUCCAGGGACCACAAGGAGCUGGUGGAGGUGAAGGCUCAGAGCCAGAACGAGAUGAAGAAGACGCUCAAUUGGUGGGAUCUCAUGUGGUUUGGUAUAGGCGCCGUCAUCGGUGCUGGCAUCUUCGUCCUCACGGGCCUCGAGGCUAAGGAACACGCUGGCCCGGCUGUCGUCUUGUCGUACGUCGUCUCCGGCAUCUCGGCCAUGCUCUCCGUUUUCUGCUACACCGAGUUCGCCGUGGAGAUCCCCGUCGCUGGUGGAUCAUUUGCGUACCUGAGGGUAGAGCUGGGCGACUUCAUGGCCUUCAUUGCCGCCGGCAACAUCCUACUCGAGUACGUGAUCGGCGGAGCAGCUGUCGCCCGUUCCUGGACAUCCUACUUCGCUACUCUCUGCAACCACCAGCCUAACGAUUUCCGCUUAGUCGCCCAUGGUCUCUCUACCGACUACAGAUAUCUCGACCCCAUAGCCGUUGUCGUCAUCGCCGUCAUCUGCAUCCUUGCAGUCCUCAGCACCAAGGGCUCCUCGCGUUUCAAUUACGUAGCCUCCAUCUUCCACAUUGCCGUCAUUCUCUUCAUCAUCGUUGCGGGCCUAAUGAAAGCUGAUACCAAGAAUUACUCCUCGUUUUCUCCUUAUGGUGCCCGCGGCAUCUUCCAGGCCUCGGCUGUGCUUUUCUUUGCUUAUGUUGGAUUUGAUGCGGUCUCAACCAUGGCGGAGGAGACAAAGAACCCUGGUCGGGACAUCCCUAUUGGUCUGGUUGGCUCAAUGGCGAUUACUACAUUGGCGUAUUGCUUGCUAGCCGUGACGCUGUGCCUCAUGCAGUCGUACAAAGAUAUUAACGAAGAUGCUCCAUUUUCGGUCGCAUUCGAAGCUGUGGGGAUGAGAUGGGCUAAGUACAUAGUUGCAGCAGGUGCACUCAAGGGCAUGACAACCGUUCUGCUGGUGGGAGCAGUGGGUCAGGCUCGAUAUCUCACGCAUAUUGCACGCACCCACAUGUUGCCACCAUGGCUCGCCCAUGUCAAUGAAAAGACCGGGACUCCCGUCAAUGCCACAGUGGUGAUGCUUGCAGCCACUGCCAUCAUUGCCUUCUUCACAAAGCUUGAGAUUCUCUCCAACCUGCUCUCCAUCUCCACACUAUUCAUUUUCAUGCUAGUGGCCUUUGCCCUCAUUGUUCGCCGAUAUUAUGCUAGUGGGGUGACAACACCAGCUAAUCGUAUCAAACUCUCCGUGUUUCUCCUGCUUAUACUUGUAUCCUCGAUUGCAACUGCUGCAUAUUGGGCAACUUCUCCUGAUGGUUGGAUCGGAUACGCAAUAACUGGGCCAAUUUGGUUGGUCGGAACCGUGGGGCUUUGGCUUUUCGUCCCACAGGCAAGGGAACCAAAGAUUUGGGGGGUGCCGUUGGUGCCAUGGCUACCGUCAUUGUCGAUCGCAAUUAAUAUCUUCCUUCUUGGGUCAAUAGAUAAAGCAUCGUUCACAAGGUUCGGCGUAUGGACAUUGGUCAUCUUGGUCUACUAUUUCCUUCUUGGAUUGCAUGCUUCCUAUGACACAGCCAAGGAAGCUAGCAAUAACGGCUCGCAGUGGAAGAAUGCUGAAGAGGGGGCGGUGCCUUCCGGGACUAGUUCAGGGUUAUCAGGAUAGAUCCAACGCAUUUUAGAGAAGUUCCUAUUAAAUAGGUGUCAUGUUAGUGUGUAAUUGUGUUCAUAUUAUGGUCAUUCUGGGUGUUUCAUAACAUAGUUUUGGUUUAGACCGUGUGUUUAAUUUGUUGUUCAUGAAGGAAAUAUGGUCUCUUUCCACAGGUUUCUUUGUAAAUAAAUUAUUUUAAGAGCUAGAUUCAUACUCUACUUCACCAUAGAGAAAA